CAUCAAGACGUGUGGCGCUGGGGAAGAGUGUCUGGAUUUCAGCGGCGACAACGGCGAGUCGGUCUGCAGAUGCCUCGAUGGAUACGUUGGGGAGCCUGGAUCUUGUCUUGAAUCGUGCAGCAUCAAGACGUGUGGCGCUGGGGAAGAGUGUCUGGAUUUCAGCGGCGACAACGGCGAGUCGGUCUGCAGAUGCCUCGAUGGAUACGUUGGGGAGCCUGGAUCUUGUCUUGAAUCGUGCAGCAUCAAGACGUGUGGCGCCGGGGAGGAGUGUCUGGAAUUUGGUGGCGUCAACGGCGAGUCAGUCUGCAGAUGCCUCGAUGGAUACAGUGGGGAGCCCGGAUCGUGUGUUGAUCUCUGCGAUCGCAUAAACUGUGGCACCAACUCUUUCUGCAAGGCGGGUAUAUGCGGGUGCAACGACAACUACGUCAUUUCGCCAUUUGGCAAUUGCACUGAGCCAUGCGCUGUGGACAACUGCGGAACGAAUGCCUUGUGUUUCCUGAAUGCAUCAGGGAGUGACACGUGUGCCUGCAAGGAUGGGUACACCAGGACUCCCAGUGAUGCCUGCAUGGACUCGUGCGUUGUGAAGGGAUGUGGUGCCAACACCACGUGUGUCAAGGGCAAGCGUGACCUGGCAUUAUGCAUCUGCAAUCAGGGCUUCAGAAAUGUGUCCGGGGAAUGCAUUGAUGUAUGCGAACUCUGUGAUUCCCAUGCUACAUGUGAGACGGACCAGCGAAGUGGAGAUAAAACCUGCCGUUGCAACGACGGUUACUACAUGCUACCGAAUAACACCUGUGCUGCAACAUGCAUCGCCACGGGCUGUGACUUGGGUUCUAGCUGCGUUGGAGACGUUGCUCAAGACAUGUAUUGCGCUGAUAAUUGCAAUUUCAAGGGAUGCCACGACUCGGCUAUGUGUGUCAAGGACGCUGUAUCUGGAAAGGCAUCCUGCCAGUGCAGCGCAGGCUUCACCAUGCAAUCUGAUGGAAGUUGCAAAGAUGACUGCGAGAGUAAGGCCUGUGGUGAGCGAGGAGUGUGCGAGCAUGACCCUGUCACUUUGGAAGCCACCUGCAUUUGCUUUAUGGACGGCACCGUCUUGCUGCCAAAUGGGACUUGCAUCGAUAAGUGCUGGGCAAGGUGGUGCUGGCCCCCAUCCGUUUGUCGUGACGAUAUUACCUGCACAUGUGGCGACAACAUGAUUGGCGAGCCUGGAUCUUGUCUCAUGACAUGCGAUCACCCAGACGUGAAUUGCAGCUUUGAAGAAGAAUGUAUACCUCAAAGCAUCGAGAAGCGGACCCAUGCUAAAUGCGUGUGCAAGGAUGGAUACCUUCGCACACACUCAGGCAUUUGUGCCCCCACAUGCAAACUUCUGGGCGAUCCGUCCAGUGUAUAUUGGUGUGGUAUUGACGAAGAAUGUCGUGACGACCUCCCCAACGGGAUCGCUGGAACCUGCGACUGUAGGGUUGGAUACAAUCGCUACGACGGACUGUGUGUUGAGUUUCUUCAUGACAAUUGCACUGCUGACAACUGUGGUAACGGCAAUUGCGUUGAGCAAAGGCAGUGGUGGUGGUGGACCACCAAUCCGCCCUCUCAGUACUGCAAGUGCAACGAUGGUUACACACCGGAUCCAGUCUCAGGAAAUUGCACAGUAUCAUGCCCGGCCAUGCCCUGUCCAUAUGGAUAUCUUUGUGACACAUCUGGACUCUAUCCGGUCUGUAAGAAAGUUAACUGCCCGGCUAACUGUCCUCGUGACUGUGUUUGGAACUCCCAAAAGAGCAUCCAAGCUUGCCCAAACACCUGUGAAGCCAUGAAUUGUGGACCAUUGGAAGAAUGUGCGAUGGUAGGAGGUGUACCAACGUGUAAAUGCAGGAGUGGAUAUGUCGGCCAGGCGGGAUCUUGUGCUGCAACAUGCAAAGCUCUGUAUUGUCCCCCUAACCAACACUGUGUGGAGAAAGUCCCUGGAGGCGCUGGGACUUGCGAAUGCAUGCCAGGAUACGUUGCGCGAGGCAAAUACUGUGAUGCAACCUGCGCAGUCUAUGAAUGCGGUGAAAAUGAAGAAUGCGAGAUGGUGAACCUCAGACCAACGUGCAAGUGCAAGCCAGGAUAUCUUGGGGGCGCUGGAUGGUGCAAGCCACCGUGCUCAAUACGAGUCUGUGGUCUCAACGAGGAGUGUGUGGAGCGAGAUGACAUGUCAUACUGUCAAUGCAAGUUUGGAUACAAGCGCGUUUCUUCUCACACCUGCGCGCCGCAAUGCAUAUUCACGAAGUGUGGACCCUUCGAACUUUGCAAAGAAACGGAUCACGGGGGACAAUGCGUUUGCAGGGAGCCCGAAUACACAGGCGCGCCGCCGAAUUGUCAAGGAACAUGCGCCUCCGACCCUUGUAAUAGCGAAUCUGAAGUAUGUGUCGACACGAGUGGUGGCGCAGUCUGUAAAUGUGCACCAGGAUAUGUACUGCACAAUGGCAUUUGCACAGGAACAUGCGCAGUCAUUCGUUGUGGUUCCGGUGAAGUAUGUAUGAAUAUCGGUGGAAUUGGAACUU